ACAUUAUAUUAUCCCGCACGGUACACAUCAGGCCACUUGUGUAGCCAGUGUCUUAUUAUUAUCACUAUAUGUAUAGUGUACUCGGACGGUUCCCUCCGGCCCCGAAGUGAAAUAAUCUGUCUUUAAUUUUUUCGGUUUGCCGCCAACGAUUGUGUGCGUGUGUGUGUGUUUGUUCGUUCAAAUCGAAUCUAGUCAACAUCAGACCGUUAUAUCGUGCGGACAAUUAUUAUUUACUGUCACUAGGAUUCGCGAUUUGCCAUUCCACCGGUGUAACACAAACAGCAUAGUACCUACCCCUAUUGUGGGUAACCACCCUUCCCUACAACCCCACCGCCUGUCGAGGGGUUCGCCGCCAUGAAACCGCCCUAAAAGCAAGUUUGCAACAACUACAACAACGUGCAAGGGGUAACGUCAAAACGCCUCAACGAUGACACCCGUUCGAGUGUCGGCCGUAAAGCGUUUUCCCGGAUCGACCGUCGUCUCGUCCCUGGUGGUCUUCUGCGUCAUAGCCUUAACCGUGCCGGCCGCGGUUGGCGAUACCACGACCACGGUAGGGGUUACCACGUCCACGGUUCACGUUACCACGACCAAGACCCCGGCGGUCGUCAAUAGCGUCAACGACUUGGUCAAUGGCUACAACGAAGAGAACGAGUCGCCGGCCGAACGCGUCCGGUCCAAGAAAACACAGCAGUUGGACGACCGGCGAAGGGCGAUGGAAAUGACCAACCGACAGCGAAGGCAGCUGUUGCUUCGCAAGAAAGCGGCCAGCAACAAUCAGUCUCCGGGUCUGUUCCGGUUGACCAAAAUCCUAGUGCGAGACACAAUCAACGACACUCGGACGGCCUAUCGAAACAUUAGCGAAAUAAUCGGCCAGACCCUCAGAGAGGGCAUCGAUGCACCGCCUGCUCCCACCGACGAUCAACAGAUGAUGGGCUCGGCUCAGGAAUCUGAACCCACGACCAAGCGGCCACAGGGCCAAGUGACGGUAUCGGCCGCCGCCCGCAAAGCCAUUUCGAAACUGGUCGGCCGCAAUUUUAGGGGUCUAAGACGGUUGUUCGACUCGGAACUUAGGAACGCCUUGGCUAAUUCCGGUAAAAACCUGAGAGAUUUCCGCCGUGAACUGGGCAAAUCCGUCAGGAACAGUUUGCGACCUUCACAGAUGUUCAGCCGAGGAAACGGAACGACCACAAACACGUUGUAGAAUCUGUUAAGUUAUUAGAAAACAAAAAAAAAAGCUCAAUUAAUUUAUUAGGGUUUUUUUUUUUUUUAAUUAGCUAGUCUUAACGAGCUUGUGUUUUUUUAAACUUUUUGUUUGCACAUUUUUGCAAAUGAUUAAUAAAAAAAUCAAUAUAAUAACAUAGGUUACACAUUACACGGCGUCUUAGCCAAAAUGUACAAAAACCACUUAAGAACACCACCGAUCUUGUUAUUAUAUUGUGUAAAUAAUAAUAGUAAUGUAAAACCGAUCGAGUGUAGUCAAAUUUGUUAACCAGCGGCCAUAUACGGUAAAUUAAAAUGUAUAGAAACCGAAAUAAAAAAUUGUAGACAAAUUUUGUACAGUAAUUAAUAUUAAUAGUAAUAAAUAAUUACUUGUAUAGUUUAUUGUAAUGUAAUAUAGUAAAAAAAUGUAAUUCCAAAGCAAAA